UUCCCCCAUUCCAUUAUAGCCCUUACCAAGCAAAGCAGAGCACGCUCACACCUACCAAAUUUACACAAUCACGUCUGGUUACUGCCUUGAUUCUCGCGCUUUAACAUCGAACCACCUUCGGCUUCACCUUCAUCUGCCUUUCAAUCUCCAUCAGGUUUCACGAAUCCAGUUUAUUCUGCAAAGAUUGGCGAAUUGGCUCAGGUGUACAAAACCGGAAAAUGCUUACGUGCAUAGCUCGUCCCAAGAAACCCGGGAGUGACUCGCUGAGUCAGCCCGAUGAUCCCGAUUCUAAGAACCAAGCCAUCAAAUCCCUUACGUCUCAGAUCAAGGAUAUGGCGUUGAAAGCAUCGGGAGCGUACAAGCAUUGUAGUCCCUGCACGGGGCCGCCCACGCAGACUGGACUCCGGAGCAAUAUCGAGUCAGACACGGAUUCGGAUCGUUUCCGGUGGUCGUACCGGAGAACAGGGAGCUCAAGCUCGACGACGACGAGGACAUGGGGGAAGGAGAUGGAAGCGAGGCUCAAAGGGAUUUCGAGCGGAGAAGGGACGCCGAAUUCGUCCAGUGGACGGCGGGUGGACCCGGUGGUGUUGUUCGUGGAAGAGAACGAACCCAAAGAGUGGGUGGCGCAGGUGGAGCCUGGCGUUCUGAUCACAUUUGUUUCACUUCCGCGUGGUGGGAAUGAUCUGAAGCGAAUACGGUUCAGUCGCGAGAUGUUUAACAAAUGGCAAGCUCAAAGAUGGUGGGCAGAGAACUACGACAAAGUUAUGGAACUUUACAACGUUCGAAGGUUUAACCGCCAAGCUUUCCCUCUUCCAACGCCACCAAGAUCCGAAGAUGAGAGCUCAAAGAUUGAAUCAGCGGAAGACAGCCCAGUGACACCUCCACUAACUAGGGAACGUUUACCUCGUAAUUUGUACCGUCCUCCAGGACUGGGAAUGGGAUACUCAUCCUCUGAUUCCUUUGAUCAUCAAUCAAUGCAAUCCCGGCAUCACUAUGACUCUAAUGGUAUGAACUCAACUCCUAAAGUUUCCACCAUUAGCGCAGCCAAGACAGAAAUAUCAUCAAUGGACGCCUCCAUGAGAAGUAGCUCAUCCAGAGAAGCUGAUCGCUCCGGGGAUCUUUCAAUCAGCAAUGCCAGCGAUCUGGAGACUGAAUGGGUUGAGCAGGAUGAACCUGGGGUUUAUAUUACCAUUAGAGCAUUACCGGCCGGUAAAAGGGAGCUCAGAAGAGUAAGAUUCAGCCGAGAAAAAUUUGGGGAGAUGCAUGCUAGAUUAUGGUGGGAAGAGAACCGCGCCAGAAUACAUGAACAAUAUUUGUAAGAUUGAACGGAAUUGGUGGCUGCUGAUGCUAUCCAAAUUGUGGAGGUGGCUCUGCAUAUCAAAUUGUUUCAUAUCUGUUUUGCGAUACUACUAAGUCUCACUAUAGGGAAUCACAUAUCAGAAAGAGGUGCCACUGGCACCUCUCCGUUUUGGGCUCUCUUUCUCUCUCUCUAUCUAUCUAAAUAUUAAUCCGAUGGGAUCACGCUUUUAAUUGUGUGAUCGGGUCAGGUUAUUCUGUGGGAUGAGGGUGGGGAAGUUAACUUAUAUUAGUUACUUCUUUCAGAUAUUGGCGGAUCAAAAGAGCAUACUUUAGAAGUGUGGUGGGUGUAAAUUCUAUAUAGCUAUUCAAAUUGGGAUUCAAAGAAUGAAUCUACUGUCA